AUGACGGCUGGGAGCCCCGGAGACUGCGGGGAGCUGCGGAGGAGCCCCGAGGGCCGCGUCUCCCGCCUGGGCCGCCGCCUGGGCCGCCGCCGGCGCCCGCGCUCCCCGCCCGAGCCCCUGCGGGUGCGGGCGCGGCUGCGGCUGCGAUCGCCGUCGGGGGCGUUCGCGGCGCUGGGGGCGCUCGUGGUCCUGGUGGGCAUGGGCAUCGCAGUGGCCGGCUACUGGCCGCACCGCGCCGGGGUCCCGGGACCCCGGGCUGCAAACGCCAGCGCACCCCCCCUGAGCGAGCUGCGGCGCGAGGGUCGGGGCGCCGGCCGGGCCCACGGCCCGCACGAGCGGCUGCGACUUCUUGGGCCCGUGGUCAUGGGCGUCGGCCUGUUCGUGUUCAUCUGCGCCAACACGCUGCUCUACGAGAACCGAGACUUGGAGACUCGACGGCUUCGUCAGGGGGUGCUGCGGGCUCAGGCGCUCCGACCCCCGGACGGCCCGGGCUGGGACUGCGCUCUCCUCCCCAGCCCCGGCCCCAGGACUCCCCGAGCCAUAGGCUGCGUGGAGCCAGAAAGCUGGGACCUGUCCCCGCGUCGGGGUACCUCACCAGUCCCGUCAGUGCGGAGUCUGCGUUCAGAGCCUGCUAAUCCUCGCUUGGGGUUACCUGCCCUGCUCAACAGUUACCCACUUAAGGGCCCAGGGCUGCACCCACCCUGGGGUCCACGGACCCAGACUGGCCAUGUGAUUAUCACCGUGCAGCCCUCUGGUUCCUGCAUUGAACAUUCCAAGUCUCUGGAUCUGGGCCUUGGGGAGCUCCUGCUUAGGGCCCCAGCAGCUCGGGACUGUGCUCACCGAAGCUGGCCACGGCUGGACCGCCUUAGCCUGGGGGGUUACGCCAAGUUGGGAGGAGGAGGGGACUUGGGGGCCCGGGUCUGA